AUGUCCGGAUUCGCAUCUCUAGAGCCAGCCCUCACAGCAAGACUCACGUUCGACCCACCCUUUCCAAUCGGCAGCCUCAACAAUGGCAUCUCUCUCCAGGUGGCACCCAUAAACGGCGGUACCGUUAAAAGUGAACACGGAUUUUCAGGCCCAGAAGUCGACGCCGAAUUCAUAUUCGGCUCUGAUCAUGUGCAAGUCGACCCAUCCAUGAAAAAUGUUCGCAUAAACGUCAAAGCGGUCCUCAAAAAUAAAGAUGGCUGUCUCAUUCAUUAUAGCUAUACAGGUAUCAUCGAAAUGACGCCAGAAGGAUUGGCUAUUUUGACAGGAUCGCCAGAUGCGAAGACCACGCCAUUUGGGAAAAUCUUUACGCAUGUCGAUUUUGAGACUGGAGCGGAACACUUGAAGAGCUUGGAGACAAGUAAAUUCAUUGGCUGCAGUCGUUUCCUGGUUGAGGCGGGAAAACCCGUAGUGGUGGAGUCAAAAAUCAGCAAGGUUGUAUAUAAGUAA